GAAGGCGACGCACAAUUGGCGGUGUUUAUGAUAGAUAGGCGUUAGUGGUUCAAUGGAUACUACGUUGUUAGGAAGUCUUAAUUAAUAGCUUUUGGAUUAAAGGUUGAUGUAACGAUGAUCCACGAGUUGCUGCUUGCUUUAAGCGGGUAUCCUGGUACCAUAAUUACAUGGAAUAAACGAAAUGGUUUACAGGUGUCCCAGGAUCUGCCAUUUCUCCAUCCUAGUGAAACCAGUGUCCUGAACCGGCUGUGUAAGAUGGGCACAGACUAUGUGCGGUUCACAGAGUUUAUAGAGCAACACACGGGUCAUGUCCACCAACAAGAGCACCACUCGAGCCAGCCGAGCCAAAGUGGAUUACAUGGGAUAUACCUGAGGGCUUUCUGCACUGGCCUACACUCCAUGUUGCAGCCUUACAGACAAGCAUUACUAGAUCUUGAACAAGAGUUUCUUGGUGAUCCACAUCUCUCCAUUUCCCAUGUGAACUACAAGCUGGAACAGUUUCAGUUGCUGUUCCCCUCUGUAAUGGUUGUUGUGGAGACCAUCAAAUCUCAAAAGAUUCAUGGCUGUCAGAUUCUGGAGACUGUUUACAAGCACAGCUGUGGAGGACUGCCGCCUGUUCGGAUGGCCUUGGAAAAGAUUCUUGCAGUGUGCCAUGGAGUGAUGUACAAGCAGCUGGCUGCAUGGAUGCUGCAUGGCCUGCUCCUGGACCAGAGUGAGGAGUUCUUCGUGAGGCAAGGCCCCAGCGCAGGAGGAGCCGCAGCAGCACAGGAAGAAGAGGAGGAGGACCUUGGCAUUGGCGGUCUGAGUGGGAAACAACUUAGAGAGUUGCAAGACCUGAGGCUGAUCGAGGAGGAGAAUAUGCUGGCCCCGUCCCUGCAGCAGUUUUCCCUGCGUGUCGAGAUGCUUCCCUCAUACAUUCCUGUACGAGUAGCUGAAAAAAUCCUCUUUGUCGGGGAAUCGGUGCAAAUGUUUGAGAACCACAACCAAAGUCCCUCUAGAGCUGGUUCCAUACUGAAACACCAAGAGGACACGUUUGCUGCAGAGCUCCACAGACUGAAACAGCAGCCACUUUUCAGCCUGGUGGACUUCGAGAAUGUAAUCGAUGGAAUUCGAAGUACAGUUGCUGAGCAUCUUUGGACUUUGAUGGUGGAAGAAUCUGAUCUUUUGGGCCAACUCAAGAUCAUAAAGGAUUUUUAUUUGUUGGGACGUGGUGAACUUUAUCAAGUCUUCAUUGACCUUGCCCAGCACAUGCUUAAGACCCCACCCUCAGCUGUGACAGAACACGAUGUGAAUGUGGCGUUUCAGCAAGCUGCUCAUAAGGUUCUGCUUGAUGAUGACAACCUGUUACCCCUCUUGCAUCUCACUAUUGACUAUCAAGGGAAAGAUGCCAAAGAGGCGUCUGGGACUCGAGAAGGCACCACACCUCCUCAGGAGUCUUCUCCUCGAGAGCCUCCUUCCACAGGCUGGGCUGCACUGGGACUGGCCUACAAAGUGCAGUGGCCCCUGCACAUUCUCUUCACUCCUGCCGUGCUGGAAAAGUAUAACGUAGUGUUUCGAUACCUGCUCAGUGUGCGCCGGGUGCAGUCAGAGCUGCAGCACUGCUGGGCCCUACAGAUGCAGCGCAAACACUUAAAGUCUAACAAGACCGAUGCAGUCAAAUGGAGGCUGCGCAACCACAUGGCGUUCCUUGUCGAUAACCUGCAGUAUUACCUACAGGUGGAUGUCUUGGAGUCGCAGUUUUCGCAGCUUUUGCAGCAGAUUAACUCGACACGAGACUUUGAGAGCAUUCGUCUGGCUCAUGACCAUUUCCUUAGUAAUCUCUUAGCCCAGUCCUUCAUCCUUCUGAAGCCAGUGUUUCAUUGUUUGAAUGAGAUUCUGGAUCUCUGUCACAAUUUCUGUUUGCUGGUGAGUCAGAAUCUGGGGCCACUGGACGAGAGAGGAGCAGCUCAGCUGGACAUUAUGGUGAAGGGUUUUAGCCGCCAGUCGUUCCUGCUCUUCAAGAUCCUCUCCAGUGUGCGUAACCACCAAAUCAAUUCAGACCUGGCUCAGCUACUGCUGCGUCUGGACUAUAACAAAUACUACACUCAGUCAGGAGGCACGCUGGGAAGUUUUGGGCUCUGAGACAGAACUGCAGGAACCAUUACUUCAUUCUACACUGUGUAAAUAUGCCCUGAAGUCAUACUGCAAGACAUAAUGAUUAUACAGUUGUAUUAACACACACCGUGUCCACUUUCUGGUAUUUAUGUUGGGUUGUCUUCCAUGUGUUAUACUAAAUUUAUACUUGUAAAUACUACUACCUGAAUUAUAAAAAUAAACCCAAGGGGAAAAAAAAGGAGACACACAGUUUAUUAUGCCAAAAACAGUUUUAAAACUAUAUACAGUAAAAGCAGGCAGGUGCUAAAACAGUACAGGAUGUUUAAAAAAAAUACAGAAGAGACCAAGCCUAAGAAGAAGAGUAAUCAUGAUGAUAUUCAGGCUGACUGUCAUAGGCCAGACGUUCUCCACAGAUCACACACUGAACCAGCCACUCCAGAGACACCACGGGAGUGUUCAGGGCAGUCACACACUUCAGCACCUCUGCAGGACACGCAGACACCACCAGGUCCAACCCCUCUGCUAAAAUAUCUACAAACCAAGACAAAGGAAAGCACACAAGGUGUAAUUAUAAAACCUCACAAGCGAAGUCAUGUCUUCAGGUUGACUAUUUUCACUGAUCCUGAAAAAACAAGUCAACAAUUUGGACUAGGCUUCAUAUUGCAGGCAAAAGAAAGAAAUAAAAAUAUAUCAAGUGUAUUGUGCUAUUUUGACAACUCAGUAUCCAUUUGUGGGGGCGUAAUUCCACACUCUUUCAGAUCUACACCAGACCCCUGCUGAAUGCUGAAAAAAUAUAAUUUGUAUAGCUAGAAGCUGCACUGUGAGAAAUAUGCAGUAUUUCAUGAGAGAGAAAAAAAAAUAAGGUGGAAUAUCUUUAAGUGAACCAAGCAGAACCUACCAGAACUGUUGCUGCUUAGUUUAUGUUGCUGGACCUUUGCAGCUCCACACAUGGUGAGCAACGAAGUCCACAAAUCCACACGUUCUUCUGAAACCAGCAGGACCUUCAGAGCUUUGAAAGGGUUACAGCGUGUAUGCCUGUGGGAAAAUAAUUUUUUUUUUUUAAUUGUUCUGAAUUAGGAUGUAAUAAAUCUUACUGUCAAUGA